AUGCUACGCCAACAGACGAGAUUUUUCCAUGCUACGAGUAGACGGUCGGACUUUUCGAAAAUGUCGAUUUUGGGUCGAAUUGGUUCGGAUUUUACCGAGUACACGUCUUCGAACAAUACGCGUUACUUGAAGUACAGUAUCGCGUCGCAGCCACGUAGAGACGGGCCUACCAACUGGUUCAACAUCACCGUGUUCAACGAGCCUCAAAUCAACUUUUUGACGCAAUACGUCAGAAAAGGUGCGCUUAUACACAUUGAAGCCGACGCGGCCAAUUUCACUUUUGAAAGAGAGGACGGAUCCAAGGGUACGACUUUGAGUCUUGUGCAGAGUAUGUCGCAUAAACUGGUUUAUUUGUUGGAAUUACUUUUACUAACUUUCCCACUUGCAGAGGAAAUUGAUCUCGUGAGAAACGGUAAACCUGCCGAAGAAACGGCGGCGUAG